CACGACGACUGUGACUAUACCCAGGUGGACAAACACGAUAUCGAUACUCAGGGCCUACUGUAAAUUACUUUCACAACCGUACCGCACGAAGGGAAGACACGUCGAGCUGCUGCUGGAACGCGUCAAUUGAAAUCUGAUUUAAGACCACGCACAAUAUGGCUGCAGUAGAAGUGCCCGGGGCUCCGCCGUCUCCGCAAACAAAUGGUGCGCUUUCAUCGUCGGACGUGUUACCAGACGGCGCGCCAACGACUGCGCCCACAUCGACGUUUGACCCUGUUCUCAUGCGUUCGUAUCUCCUCGCUCUUCUUCCGCCCAUAUUCGGUGCGGAGAAAGGUGAGCUUGAAGAUCAAAUAUUCGAUUCGGAGUUCGAGGAGCGCGUGACACGGUUUGCGAGUGAGGGUGGUUCACCGUUAUAUGUUGUAAAGAAGAAAGAGGAGGUGGAAGAUGAUUCUCCCCCAUUGUAUAGCUACCAUAUAAUGUCGUCCCUAACCUACUCGCCUGCCCACGUUCUGACUAUAGUGCUCAUCAAGCGCAGCGCAAUUCUUGAUCCGCUUCUAUCUCUCCCUCAACAACUGCAUGUAAUCAACUUGUUUGGCGGCGACGAGACUCCAUAUGAGAGCUUGCACUCGCUAGUCAGCGGAGCUGUGAAGCCAUGGUUUGAGGCAUUUGUCGGUGCAAGGGGUGGUGGAAAGGACGGAGAUAGUAAAAUGGGCAUCCCAAUAACCAAGAAGAAGUUCGCCGAACUCGAGCUUUCACUUCUCCACCUUCAACAAAACGUAGAGAUCCCGGAAACUCACCUAAUCGUUCAUCCCGUCAUCCAACGAGUGGUCGAGCAGGCUCAGGGACAGAAUGUUCGCCCGAAUAUUUCCCUCAUUCCCUCAAAGACUCUCAACGACUCGACAUUCCUUAAUACCUUACAAGCACAUGUAAACACAUGGAUCAAGUCUAUUCAGGCUGUUACGAAGCUAUCGCGAGACGUGUCGUCUGGGACUGCGUCACAAGAAAUCAACUUUUGGUUAAGCUUGGAGCAGGCACUAGAGGCAAUUGAGACGCAGUUACGAAGCGAUGAAGUGAAUAUGGUGAUGGACUGUUUACGAAACGCGAAGCGCUUCCGUGCAACAGUCAGUUUCAUUGCAGACACUGGAUUGAAGGACGCGACAGAUAUUGUUCACAAAUACAACAUCCUCAUGAAGGAUUUCCCCCUCAACGAAUUGCUUUCGGCUCCGGACCUUGACAAAAUCAAGGAAGCCAUCAAUCUCAUAUUCAGUGGCCACAUCAAUCGCAAGCUCAAGCUUUCUCCCUAUCCCGUCCGGCGUGCUCUCCCACUCGUCGAAGCCAUUUCUCGAGAUUUCAACGACCAACUACUACGAGUACUCACUUCACAUCGCCUGGCUUACCAACCCUAUGAUACCUUCGAGCGACUGAUGUCGCAAACCAUGGCCAUCUUCCGAACGUGGGACGAUGAAAUCAAGGAUUUCACGAAUGUCGCGCGUGAGGUCACGCGUAAGCGCUCAGAACGUUUUAUCCCCAUUAAGAUUCAACCUGCACAUGCGAAACUGCAGGAGCGAGUGCGAUAUUUACGGGAAUGGCGGAAGCAACAUGAGCAGCUUGCUGUGAUGACUGGACCCACGAAGGGUCUUGGAGCCAUUGGGAAGGAAGUCGGUGGAAUGGACAUGGAGGAAGAGGUGAAGGAAGCAUAUGAAGUUAUCAAGAGUAUCGACAUCUUAGAUGUAUCAACAGACGGUGCAGAAAUCUGGGUAACUGCGGAGAAUGCAUACAACGAACGAGUCGCACGUGUUGAGAACCAAAUUAUUUCAAGAUUACGCGAUCGAUUAGGCACGGCACGAAAUGCCAAUGAGAUGUUCAGAGUAUUCUCCAAGUUCAACGCUCUCUUCGUUCGACCAAAGAUCCGUGGAGCGAUCCAAGAAUACCAGACUCAGCUCAUUGACUCGGUAAAGGAAGAUAUAAAGCGACUUCAUGACAAGUUUAAAACCCAAUACCGUUUCUCUGAAGCCUACCACAUGUCUCAAAUGCGCGAUCUGCCACCAAUAGCAGGCGCGAUAAUAUGGGCUCGUCAAAUUGAGCGGCAAUUAAUGACAUACAUGAAGCGCGUAGAGGAUGUCUUUGGGAAGGGAUGGGAACUUUAUGCAGAAGGUCAGAAGCUCCAAUCAGAGAGCUCCGCUUUUCGAAAGAAACUGGACACUCGACCUGUAUACGAUGCUUGGCUCCACGAUAUUAAUCGUCGCGACAUGGGUGUUAAUGGUCGCCUCUUUGAGAUUGUCAAACUGCGUGGUGGUGGAUAUCAGUUGGCCGUUAACUUCGAUCCGCAGAUUAUUACGCUGUUCAAAGAGGUCCGCAACUUGUUAUGGCUGAACUUCCAGGUACCUCAUGCAAUCACGAAUAUGGCCAAGGAUGCGAAGCGCGUGUACCCACAUGCUGUGAGCCUGAUGGAGACCGUGCGAACGUACGGCCAGACACUCGACCUGGUGGAGAAGAAUAAAGGUAUUGAGUGGCUUGUUGCUGAGUAUCGUAAUGACGCACAGCGUAUGAUUACACGUGGUAUGAAUAUUCGAUGGGACUACUUCGUGAAUCAGUACGAUACAGCGCGAUACGUACCUACGGCCGAUGGACGGGAUAAUAGACAUGUGCAGUUCGUGCGCGAAUUCGCUAGUGUUGUCUCUGUACUCCAGGACAAGACGAACAAUCUGAUUGAUCUAUACAAAGAUAUUCUCCGUGCAGUUGAAGAUCUAUCGACAUGUCCUUAUACUCGUGAAGCGUUCGCUUCACUCCUUAGUCGCAUACAAGCAGCUAUUGAUCAAUUAAAUCUGGAAGGCUACGCAAACCUCGAGCACUGGGUAGCAGAGCUCGACAAGCGUGUCGAGGGCAUCUUAUUAGCUCGAUUAGCAGCGACUAUUAAGCUAUGGUGCACGGAGUUUGACAAAACAGAGGACGACACACAGUCAUCUGUACUUCGCGAUAUCACGAACAAGCGACGAGGAGAUAAGAGGUUGAAAGAUGAGAAGUUGCCAGAAGGGCAUCUCGUCAUUAAGCCAAUUGUCCACGAGAUUCGGAUACAGAACCAAGUCAUCUUCCUCGACCCACCUAUCGAAUACGCUCGGCAGACGUGGAUAAAGCAAUUGCACGAAUGGCUGGCUGUCGUGUGUCGACAACAGCGGAUACAAAGUUCGCGAUAUGAGAUUGGUCUCCAAAUGCAAGUUGGUGCUGUGUCGGAAACGACAUAUACGUCUCUGCUAACACACUUUACCGACAACACUCUGGAACGACCAUUCGCCCUUAUCGAGAACAAAGUGCAGCAAUUGAAAGAUUAUGUUGCGAAAUGGCUUCAAUUCCAGUCCUUAUGGGACCUAGAAGCCGAAUACGUAUUUAACCGAUUAGGCGACUCGCUCGCACAUUGGCAACAACUGCUCACCGAGAUCAAGAAGGCUCGUUCGACAUUCGACACAUCCGAGACGCAACGAUCCUUCGGUGCCUGCGUAAUUGAUUACGAGCAGGUACAAGCUCGCGUCAAUGCGAAGUACGAUACUUGGCAACGCGAUAUCCUCAGUCGCUUUGGUGUGAAGCUUGGUAACGCGAUGAAGGAGAUGCAUGCGCAGAUCCUCAAAGCGCGACAUGAGCUUGAGCAACAUUCCAUUGAAGGUCUGCAGGGAGCUCCUCGAAGAUUCUGAGUGAAUGUUUGGGUAUUUGAUGUUUAGGUUCUACAUGGAUAUGGGUAUUUUACAUGCAUACAUUCAUACUUGAAGUACUUUAUCAUUCGUUGUUCUACUUAGCUACACAUUGGCUUUCCAACUAGUACUGUCUCUUCUCUUCUCCCAAUAUACUGUCCCUCC